AGAGAGAGAAACCCUUAUAACGCACGACAAUCCGGCGGCUUCGUUUGCUUCGAUGGCUUUUAAAAGAUCCCCCGAGAUUAUUACUUUUUCCUUUUCUUUCAUUUUCAUUCUUCUGUUAUUAUUUCAGAGGAGCGAGCGGCCCCGCUGCCGAUGGUGCCGGUGUUGCCUCCACCGACGAUGACGUAGAUCCUGGUGUUUGUUCGUGCGUGUGCACGUACGUGUAGUAUACCUACCGGCAACAGCCGUUGUCGACGUGUUCGUCUCUCUGGACCAGGUUGAGCUAGGCCGAGCUUGUGCUGGGUUGGAUGCGUGGAAACCAUGGACGACUUUGGGUAGGCUCGUUGGUUUCCCGCCGCGACUAUCGGCGCGCAUUCAAGCUCACCGUCAUGGAAGUAACGUCGGGACAACGGCAGCGGCCUGAACGGGAAUGAGGACGGAGGAUGGAAAGAGAGAGAGAUAGAGAGACAGAGAGAAAGAGAAAGAGAGAGUGAGAAAGAGAGAGAGAGAGAGAAAAAGAGGGAAAGACUGAGGGAGAGAGGAUGGAAGGUAGAGCAAGGCAACACCAGAUGCUGCUAGCCUUCCCGCUCGCCCCUUUUACUUCUAUCUCGUGCCGAUACUUCUCUCGGCUCUUUUGCCUCUUCAUUGACGAAAAGCGCGCGUAUGCCGCAGGCAAAUCGGACGAGGGUGGCUACUACAAGACGUACGGUAGUGACGCAGAGGGCGAGAAGGGCUACUUGAAGGAAACCUAUAGCAAGGGUGACCACGGAUACAAGACGCUUGACACUUUCCACAAGCAGGAUGGAGACAAGUACGGAUUUGAGAAACACUUCGCUUACGGCAAAGCUCGUCUUACCGACGAGUCUGACAAACAUGCCGAACAAAGUUCGAAAAUAGGAAAACAAGAAGAUCACGAAGGUGCAGGUACGAUCGUCGACAGUCAUUACAUGGAUAACGAAGGAGAUCACGGCGGUGAACAUACCGGUGAUUAUGGAAGCCACUAUAUGGCCGCAGAACCAGACUCUGAGAGUUACAGCGACACUGGCGACGGCCACAGCAAGAAUUACUCUGCUGGUAGUGAAGGUUCUUACGAGAGCCACAGCUCUUAUUCUUCCGAUAGUGAUUCUGGAGGCGAUUACGGGGAACAUUAUUAGCGAUAUUUCAUAAUACUUGGUUUACCUAUGUAUAUAUUAUUUUAUAGAUCGAAUAAACAGAC